GUGAAAGUGUCCGGAAGGGGAAGGGGUGAAGGGGGUGGAAAGCGUUUGACUGGAAGGGGGGGAAAGUGUCCGGACUGGAAGGGGGGGAAAGUGUCCGGACUGGAAGGGGGUGAAAGUGUCCGGACUGGAAGGGGGGGAAAGUGUCCCUGGACUGGAAGGGGGGAAAGUGUCCGGACUGGAAGGGGGGAAAGUGUCCGGACUGGAAGGGGUGAAAGUGUCCAGGACUGGAAGGGGGGGAAAGUGUCCAGACUGGAAGGGGGUGAAAGUGUCCUGACUGGAAGG